AUGAGGAAACAGGACACAGUGCUGGGAAGGUUUUUUUUUUCAGCAGUUCUUAAGGGUGUUUCUCGGCCGAUAUGGACAUUUACCCAGCACAAUUCCGAGUUUUGUGUCCUUGACUUGAGCUUCCAUUCUUGCAGACAGCUAACUCGUAAAUUCGAAGUUUUCCAUUGUACACAAUUCUGUGACACCCUGCAAGGUGAUACAAACCCUCUGAUUUGGGGAGCAAAUGGGUCCAUCGUCUAG